AGGAAGAGGAGGAGAAAGAAGCCAGGCAGGUUGUGAAGGAGGCAUCUUGGGAAUGACAGAGUUGGCUGCCCCCAGCUGAGGGAAGGAUCACGCUAGCACCAUUGUCUUCUAAGCAGCUCAGCUCCUAGAACGUGAGCCAAAUCUCAGACCUGGGCCGAACGAGCCGCCGCCACCGCCCCCUUACCCUUCUCCUCCUCUCUCUCCCCCUCUCCUCUCCCCCGUCUCUCCUGGUCUGGCCACGCAGAGAGAUGGAACAUUGAAGGAAGUCCCGGGGGAAGGAGGAAGAGGUGGCGACGCUGUCAGAAACACCAGCAUCUGGACCAGCACAGCAGCGGAGAGAGCAAAGGCAGAGCUGGAGCCCUUUGCCCGCUUGAGCCAGACGGAGCAAUCCUGGCGAGGGCGGGGCGCGGACUGAGCGAAGCCGCCUCCCGGGCGUGGCGUGUGAGGUGAAAAAGCAGCCGCCCUACGGCGGGUACUCUUAGGAACCCGUGAGCGUGGAGAUAGAGAGCAACAUGUCAGCGCCCGCGGAGAUAGAGAGCAACAUGUCAGCGCCAGCGGCCAAAGUCAGCAAAAAGGAGCUCACCACCAGCCACAACGAAGCCCUUGAGUCCUCGGAAAAAGAGCAACAAGAAGCAAUCGAAAGGAUCGAUGAAGUGCAGAAUGAAAUAGACAAACUGAAUGAGCAAGCCAGCGCGGAAAUUUUGAAAGUGGAACAGAACUAUAACCAGCUCCGUCAGCCUUUCUUCCAGAAGAGGUCAGAGUGGAUCGCCAAAAUACCGGACUUCUGGGUGACCACCCUUGUCAGCCACCCACAGAUGUCCUCACUAUUUGUGGAGGAAGAUGAGGAAGCCCUGCAUCACUUGACCAGGAUUGAAGUGAUAGAAUUUGAAGACGUGAAAUCGGGUUACAGAAUAGAUUUUUAUUUUGGUGAAAACCCUUACUUUGAAAAUAAAGUGAUCUCCAAAGAGUUUCACCUUGACGAAAGUGGGGAUCUGGCUUCAAAGUCAACUGAAAUCCAUUGGAAAUCUGGAAAGGACUUGACCAAGCGCCCAGAUCAGAUCCAGAGUAAAGGUGGCCGCAAGAGGUCGAGAGAAGAGCCAGACAGUUUUUUCACUUGGUUCUCAGACCAUACUGAUGCUGGGGCAGAUGAGUUAGGGGAGGUCAUCAAAGAUGAUAUCUGGUUAAACCCCUUACAAUACUACCUGGUAUCGGAUAUUGAUAACGAAGAAGGGGAAGGGGAAGGAGAUGGUGAUGAAGAAGGUUUGGAGGAAAGCGAUGGUGAUGAAGAAAGCGAAGAAGAGGAAGAUAUCGGGGAAGGGGAUGAUGAGGGAGAAGACAGAGGGAAGAAUACAGGAGAAAAUGACUAAUAGAACGUUGAUGGAUUCCAAAACUCCUUUUAGCUUUAAAAAUGUCUCCAGUCCCUGGGAGCAAGUUUCAGUCU